UGAUUCCUCUGCUUCUCCGCCGCUAGGGUUCCCAAUCCCACUUCUCUUCUAGUCUCUGGUGAGCGGGUGCUUCAAACUACCGCCGCAUCUCGAGCGGUUCCCAUCUCUUCGUCUCCUGCGCUUGUUUCUCUGGUGAGUCUUUUUGCGCUCUUCUCUUCCUUCUCGAAAUUUUCUUUCUAAAAAAAGACUUUUUGUGGGAUUCAUGCCUCGGAGGUUGGAAAAUGGCUAGGGUUACUACUUACUAUUUUAAGAAUUUUCUUUUAUGGUUUCUGUGGGUGAGGACUUCGAGUGAUUUCGCAUUCUUGUUGUUAGGAAAGUGAAAAUUUUCUUAAUCUGAUGAGUUGGGGGGCCUUUGCCCUUAAUGGUUCAUCCCUUCAUAUUCUGAGUUAUGUUCACCCCCUUGUCUACUGAAUGGAUUUUUGUUUUGUAUGUCGUUUACUUCUUCUCAUUUAGUUCUGCCCGUAAUAUGAUACUGUUAGCUACCUCUUUGGUAGACGAAUGACGAUAGGAGAAGAAAUUGAAGUUUAAUAGAGAAGGUAAAACAAAUAGAGAGACCAUUGAGUUCAUCCUACCAUAUCUGGUUGAGAAACUAUCCAUUAGCCUGGUUGGAGUAGAUUCUUGGCUAUUGUUGUCUUCUCUGGUCCGAAGUAAAGCCUAUCAGGGAUGGCUAUAUAAGAGCAUCCACAGUGGGAGCUCCUUCAUUGAUUUCGAGGAGAGCUGCUUCUUCGUGUGUUUUUUUAUUAAAUGUUUUUUUUAAUUUCUGUUUAAACAAAUAAAAAUAAUAAAAUAUUAAAAAAAGGUUUGGUAACAUUAUUUUCCUUGUUAAUUUGUGAAUUUAAAUUUUAUAAAAAUUUAAUUAUAUAUAAUUUAAAAUAUGAAAGAGAGAUGAGAAAUAUAUAUAAUGAAAAGUGUGGGACUCAGUGAAGGAGUUGUUGAAAGGUUUUUUUUAUAGUAGAAAGAUGUAUGAGGUUUUUUACUUUUAAUGUGGCACGGAUAUGGCAACGAAAGAGCUCAUGAAGAAGUUCUACGUAUGUGGAUGCCCUAAGUGCACCUCAAAGUAAACAAUAUAUUUAUGCAUAUAUGCGGGAAUGCAAUUGCCCAGGGUAGUAGGGUACAUGGUCUCUCUUUUGAGAAUUUGUUAGGCUAUAUAUAUAUAUAUAAGUUGUUUUAUUGGUUCUUCAGGUAAUAUAUAUAAGUUCUAGUCUGGCUCUAGCUUUGGAAUAUAUGGAUAGAUGAUAUGGGUGAGUCAUAGUAGCAAGAUUGGAAUGUUUAUAAUGUGCAUGCAGAAGAAGUUACUGAGUGAUCAGUCUUUCUUGACUAAGAAAUGUGCACCAAUGAAACUUAAUCGUCACACUAAGCCAUGUAUUUAGUUGUUCCCUAAUAAUAUUUGGUACAUGGUUUGGUGAUUGAUCACUAGUAGUCUAUACUGGAAUUUUAUUUCAUCGACUGAUUAGUACCUUGUGAGAUUAGAAAUCAUUUUGGAUGGCUUAACUAUUAUUUUCUGCUUGCAGUAGCACUAAUAGUCUUUUCGCGGAGUAAGUGUUUUUUCUGUUUAAUAGUAGAAUUCUUCCGUAAUUCUGUGAUAACAUUUGUAAACAUGAUUGCUCUGCUCAUUCUUUUAUUUAGUUGUCAAUAUAAUUUCAUUUCAUUGCUUAUUUCUCACAUUAUUUUUUUCCUUUUCCUUUUUUUCUUUGAUUCUUGUGCAUUGGAAAAUAAAUAUUUGUGCACAUAGACCAACAUGAUUACAUUGGACUUCUGCUUCAUAUCUUAUUUAGUCAUAUUUUCUCGUUAUGUUGCCUCCGCGAGAAUCACUUGCUUCAUUAUCAUUGAAAUAUUUUCUCUUGCUUGUCUCUUAGUACUCAAAUUAUUACCAACCACAAAAAACUAUGACUUUGAAAUUCCUUUGAGCCAUAUCAUGGCUCUGAUUAUCUUCAGAUUCUUGUUCUAUAACACUUGUUGCCCUUUUCUAUUUUCCUCAUUCUGGUGUAUCUAUUUUCCUCCUCUUGGGAAUGCUUUUUGCUCCUGUUCCUCUUUCACAGUGCCCUGUGGGCUUCUUUAAAAUACACAAGAUGCCAAGGGCAAGAGCCGCUUCUGUUCAUUCAACUGAACCAGAAAACCCGGUUGAACCUGAGGAACAAGUUGACUUUGAUCCAGAGGUGGAAGAAGAGGUUGAAUAUGAAGAAGUAGAAGAAGAGGUAGAAGAAGAGGAAGAGGAAAUUGUAGAGGAGGAGGUCGAGGAGGAACAAGAAACCACCACUACCAAUGGAAAUAUAGAUGAGAAAAUGGAUGAGGCAGAGAGAAAGAAGCACGAAGAACUCCUUUCUCUUCCUCCUCAUGGAUCAGAAAUUUAUGUUGGUGGAUUAACUCUUAAUGCAUCUGAAGAUGAAUUGAGAAGGUUUUGUGAGUCUGCUGGAGAGGUGACUGAGGUGAGAGUGAUGAAAGAGAAGAAUUCCUCAGAGAAUAAAGGAUAUGGAUUUGUUACUUUCAAAACUGCAGAGUUGGCAUUAAAAGCUAUUGAAGUACUAAAUAAUACUGGAUUCAAGGGUAAAAAAGUGAAGUGUUCAACAUCUCAAGCAAAAAAUCGACUGUUUAUUGGUAAUAUUCCUCGGACUUGGUCAUUGGAUGAUUUGAAGAAAGUUGUAACAAGUAUUGGCCCUGGAGUGAAUAAAGUGGAGUUGAUAAAGUCUACAGACCCCCAAAACCCUUCUCAUAACCGUGGCUAUGCCUUCAUCGAGUAUUAUAACCAUGCAUGUGCUGAAUACUCAAGGAGCAAGAUGUCCGCUCCAAAAUUUAAGUUAGAUGAAAAGUCCCCAACGGUGAGCUGGGCUGAUCCUAGGAGCGGGGACUCUUCUAGUUCUCAGGUGAAGGCUAUUUAUGUUAAGAACUUGCCAAAGGAUGUGACAAAAGAUCAGGUUACAGAGCUAUUCGAGUGUCAUGGUGAAAUCACAAAGGUUGUACUACUCCCAGCAAAGCCUGGACAUGAGAAGAGAUUUGGUUUUGUGCAUUUCAAAGAUAGGUUCAUGGCUAUGAAGGCACUCGAGCACACUGAGAAAUAUGAAUUAGAUGGUGAUGUCCUUGACUGUUCACUAGCAAAGCCUCCGGCAGAAAGUAAAAAACCUGAGCCAGCAUUAAGUGCUCAGGAAGCUGCUUUGCUUCCAAACUAUUCACCUGGGUUUGGAUAUGGUGUCCUUGGAGGUCCAUAUGGUGCUUUCGCCCCAGGGCUUGCUCAGCCCAUGAUUUAUGGAAGGGGGCAUACUCCGUCUGGCGCGGCCAUGGUGCCAAUGAUCUUACCGGAUGGACGACUUGGAUAUGUAUUGCAACAACCUGGCUUUCCUGUGGGCACCCACCAGCAGUAUGGGCGAAACUAUGGUAGCAGUUCAAGCGGAGGGAACAACGAUAGCAGUCGCGGGCGCAGAUUCCACCCCUACUGAAAUCUUUACUGAUUCUUGUUUUGGUUGUAGCUACCAAGAACUUUGUACUGGGGGCCUUGUAUUCACAAGCUUCCAUAGCUAGAGCAAGUUCGUUAAAUUAUCGAUGCUCUAUUUGUAGGCUGGAGUGUUUGAUUUUCUAUUAUCCUUGGACUUCAAUUGAGUUGCUUGAUUAGUAAAUACUAGGAUAAAUCAAACAAUUUGGAUUGUUUA